ACUCAUUUCUCUCUUUUAGUAUUAUUAUCAUCAUCACAUCAUCAUCAUCAUCGCAAUGGACCCUUCCAAGAACACAACUUCUACCCCAAACAACUCUCCCCCGGUUUCCCCUCCACACUCUCCAUCUGAACAUGAUAACACCCCCACUGAAACAAACCCUAUCCCUGAGACCGAGGGUUCUUCUGAAAAUGUUAUCAUGAAAACUGCUGAGGAAGUUUGGGCUGAGUUAACUGCGGGUGAUGAUGAAAUAUACGGAAAUGAAAGUGGUGAUGGUGGUAAUGAAGACGGAGGAGACCAGGAUGGCGAUGCCUCUAGGCCUCUGGUGAUCGCCGUUACUGCGGACGGUGCAAAUGUGCCUGUGAUGGGAAGUGGUGGUGGUGCUGGUGGUAGUGAUAAGGGCUCGAAGAAAAGAAAAAGUAAUCAAGUUAGAAACCCUCCUCAAGGAACUCCAACUUGUCCAGAAUGUAGAAGACAGUUUGCGACAUGGAAGGCAGCGUUUGGACACAUGCGAAAACACCCCGAGCGCCUGCACCGUGGUUUCUUUCCGCCACCUACUUUUGAACCACCACAAUUGCCUGCGGCGGGCGAUGGUGGUAAUCAGGUGGAUGAAGAAGUGCAACAUGUUGUUAGAGGACUUGUUGUUGAUUUGAAUCGCUCCCUUGUAGCAGAGGAAGGGCCUUCUGCCGGCGGCGUCAGUGGAGGAAAAAAGAGAAGCCAAUCAGCGGGGUCCGCCGCAACACUUGGACCACCACUUCCACCAUCACAGAGUGGGAAUAGGAGAAAUGAACCAGCACCACUUGAAGCGGCUGAUGAUGAAAAUGAAGAAGGGAUAAGAAAAUUUGAUUUGAACAGGUUACCUUCUUCAGAUGAUGAUGAAAGCGGAGAGAACUGAGUGAUGCUGCAGAGAUUGUUCAACUUGGUUUUUUUUUAUAUUUAAUCAUGCCUACUAAGUAGUUUGUUUGUUUUGGUUUGUUGCUUUUUUGAUUGUUGUGUUUUCUGGAUUUUGAAUGUGUAAUGGAAGUUGAACAUCUAUGCAAUAGUA